AUGAAGUCCUUAGUCUUCAUCCUUUCUCUGCUCCUCAUUCUGGAAAGACAGGCAGCUGUGGUUGGACAAUAUGGUGGAAUAAAAGGCGGCUUCACGAAAGGUGGCUUCACAAAAGGUGGCUUCACAAAAGGUGGCUUCACAAAAGGUGGCUUCACGAGUAGCUCUUCAGGAUUUAUGAAAGGUCAUGUCAGUUAUGGGCUCAAAGGAGGAAGUGAGAACGAAGCUGAAGAAAGUGCUUUCUUGCAAACAAAACAACAAGUAUAUAGCAAGGGUGGUAACAUGGCACAGGCACGCCUUUCACAAGAACACACAGGUAUAAAGGGGGCCGCACUUUGUCGUAAAGGACAAACAUCCCAAAUAAAAUCCCAGGAAUCCCAAGUAAAAUCCUUUGGACAAACGAAAUCCCUUGGAUCUCAAAUGAAGUCCUAUGGACAAAUGAAAUCCUAUGGACAAAUGAAAUCCCAUGAAUCUCAAAUGAAAUCCUAUGGACAACUGAAGUCUCAAAAUGAUCAAAUGAAAUCUUAUAGCCAGCUAAAAUCCCAAGAUGCCCAACUAAAAUCCUAUGGUCAACAAAAAUCCUUUGGUGAAGAUGCCCAACUGAAAUCUUAUGCCCAACUAAAAUCCUAUGGUCAACAAAAAUCCUUUGGUGAAGAUGCCCAACUGAAAUCUUAUGCCCAACAAAAAUCCCAAGUAGCCCAACAAGCCUUUGGCCAAGCAAAAUCCCAAAGUGGCCAACUAAAAUCCUUUGGCCAAGAAAAAUCCCUAAAAGAUUUUUCUCAACAAACUCAGCAUAAAGGAUUUGCUAUGAGUGGAGGGCUAUCGCAAGUGCGUAAACAAUAUGAUGAUGAAGCAUCUGUACAACAAAAGUCUAGCCAACAGCUAAAAACAGAGCACGAUUUAUCCCAAUUUGGACAACAACGCCAAUUUGGACAAGAACGCUCACAAUCCUAUAAAGGAUAUCUUGAACAAUACCAAAAGAAAUCACAAGACAACUAUCAACAAAGAAGAAAUUUUAAUGAAGGUGGCUAUUUUACAAAGGGAGGAGAAGGCCUAUAUCAAACUCAACUUAAGAGCUAAUAUAGUCAUUAACCAACUAAAGACCAAGG